UUCCCCACAUGAAUGCAAUCACUGUUCAGUGCAAGGUGUGUUCAGUACAGGGAGUGCUACAGUACAUUUAUUUGUGCAUUUAUGGAAACACAUCUGGUGGAAAAAUAGCCUUUUUUCUAAACUGACUGAAAUAGCUUAUUCAAACUGUUUUACUUCUCUUUUAAUUUGAACUCGUGUGUCCUUCCCCUUUUCAAAUGGGAUAACACGGCUAUUGGGAAACAAUUAAAGGAACUUGUCAGAAAAGAGAUUAUGUUUUAUCUUGUAUUACUUUCCACAAUGAGCCAAGGCAUAAUCAAGGAGGAGAUUCUUCGAGAUGAUCUAAAAUACUACUUCAUGAGCCCUUGUGAGAAAUACAGGGCCAGACGCCAGUUACCAUGGAAACUGGGGGUGCAGAUCCUGAAAAUCGUCAUGAUCACAUCACAGCUUAUCUUGUUUGGACUGAACAACCAGCUUGUGGUUUCCUACAAGGAGGAGAAUGCUAUGACCUUCAAGAACCUGUUCCUCAAGGACUAUAGUGGAGUUGAUGAGGAAGAUUACAGUGUAGCUCUUUACUCCCAACAAGCCGUCUAUGACAGUCUGUUCUAUGUGCUGGAUCAGUACCGCCAGUUGGGGCGCCUCUCUGUGGGGCCUAUCAGUUACGCUGAGGAGGACGGGAAACUGUUACCUCUGGUCAUCUGUAAGGAGUACUACAAGAGAGGCAAUGUGGAACCCUCGGACGAGGCCUACGACAUUGAUGCUCAGUUAGAAAAAGUUUGUAUGGCAAAUGAUCCAACGAACGUGAGCCAGUGGAAAGCAGAAAAUGUGUCUUUUUUCAAUCUGGAAUUUUACAGGCUUGUCGAUAUCAAGAUCACUUUUCAACUUAAAGGAAUCAAUCUGCAAACAGUGCGCUCACAUGAGUUACCGGACUGUUAUGUAUUUUUUGUUACGAUCACAUUUGAUAACCAGUGUCACAGCGGAAAGAUAAAAAUCUUCCUCGACAUUGACGCACUGAGCAGUGCGUGCAAAAACUGGAAGAUUUCAGGGACUGCUCAGAAGAACACACACUACCUUCUGGUGUUUGAUGGCUUUGUCAUACUGGUUUGCCUGACCUCGGCCGUGCUAUGCACACGCUCCAUCGUUCUGGCAGUCAAAUUACUGCAGAGAUUUUCCAGGUUCUUCCGUGAGAAUUAUAAUCACAAGGUGUGCAAGACUGACCAAAAGGAGUUUUUAAAUGGCUGGUAUGUUUUGGUGAUCGUCAGUGAUGCUAUGGCCAUAGUAGGAUCCAUAUUGAAGAUGGAAAUACAAGCAAAGAGUCUGACCAGUUAUGAUGUGUGCAGCAUCUUUCUGGGGACUUCUACGCUGAUGGUGUGGGUGGGAGUGAUCAGGUACCUGGGCUACUUCCAAAAGUACAAUGUGCUCAUCCUGACCAUGAAGACUGCCUUCCCCAAGGUGAUCCGCUUCUGUUGCUGUGCUGGCAUGAUCUACCUGGGGUACACCUUUUGUGGCUGGAUCGUACUUGGCCCUUACCAUGAAAAGUCUUGUCCCAUCGCUGCAACUCCCGUACGGACUCGGGAGAGGCAAAAGUCGAGAGCCAUGCGUCUUCCGAAACACGACCCUGCCAAGCCACACUGCUUCUUGACACACUGCUUGCUUAACCCGAAAGCCAGCCGCAACAAUGUGUUGAAACACUGUGCAACUAGCGACCGUGUCAGCGUGCAUGCGUCCGUUCCGCCACAAGAGUUGCUAGAGCGCGAUGGGACAAGAACAUCCUGGCCGGCCAAACCCUCCCCUAACCCGGACGAUGCUGGGCCAAUUGUGCACCGCAUCAUGGGUCUCCUGGUCACGGCCGGCUACAACACAGCCGGGAUUGAACCAACAUGCAACAAUUGCAACGAUUUUACUGAGUUACAGCUCUUAUAAGGAAAUCAGUCAAUUGAAAUAAAUGUACUAUGGAUUUCACAUGAAUUGGCAAGGGUGCAGCCAUGAGUGGGCCUGGGAGGCCUACCCACUUGGGGGCCAGUUCACCCACUGGGGAGCCAGGCCCGCCAUUCAGAAUGAGUUUCUCAGUUUCAGCCAGUCCAAAUAAUCCUCAGUUUCAUCAGCUGUCCGGGAGGCUGGUCUCAGACAAUCCCACAGGUGAAGAAAACGGAUGUGGAGGUCCUGGGCUGGCAUGGUUACACGUGGUCUGCGGUUAGGAGGCUGGUUGGACGUACUGCCAAAUUCUCUAAAACGAUGUUGGAGGUGGCUUAUGGUUGAGAAAUAAACAUACAAUUCUCUGGCAACAGCUCUGGUGGACAUUCCUGCAGUCAGCAUGCCAAUUGCACGCUCCCUCAAAACUUGAGACAUCUGUGGCAUUGUGUUGUGUGACAAGAUUGCACAUUUUAGAGUGGCCUUUUAUUGUCCCCAGCACAAUGUGCACCUCUAAACAGCGUGGUCAUUACAAUCAGCUUUUUUUAUAUGCCACACCUGUAAGAUGGAUGGAUUAUCUUGGUCAAUGAUAAAUGCUCACUAAUAAGGAUGUAAACACAUUUGUGCUCAAAAUUUGAGAGAAAUUAGCUUGGACAAUUUCUGGGAUCUUUUAUUUCAGCUUAUCAAAACAUGGGAUCAACUCUUUACAUGUUGCAUUUAUGUUUCUGUUUACUAUAGUUUGGGGACUAUCCAAAUACAGUUACCCUUACAGGUUUACUAUCUUAAUUUGUUCACUCUGUUGUCGCAGAGAAUUUUCCUGCAAAGCAGGAAAUGCAAAUUGUAGAAUUUAAAAAGGCUUCGAACGUUUGUAAUUUCAACUUUAAAAUGACAGACUUGAUUUAUCCUAUCAAAAAAAUGUAUCAAACCUCUACAUUUGAUACAUGUCCAUUUAAUUAUAAUCCACAUAAUGUAUCAAACCUCUACUGUCCAUUUAAUAAUAAUCCACAUAAUAGUUCACAUUUUGUCAUGUCCUGACACUUGUAAGGGGUCAUUUUCUAUAGUAGAGUGGUCAGGGCGUGACGGGGUGUUUUGGGUGCUUUUCUUGCUUUCUGUUUCUAUGUGAGUUUUCUAGAUUUCUAUUUCUAUGUCGGGGUUAUUGGGAUGAUCUCCAAUUAGAGGCAGCCGGUUCUAGUUGUCUCUAAUUGGAGAUCAUAUUUAUGUAGGGUGUUUUCCUUUUGUAUUUUGUGGGUUGUUAAUUUUUGAGUAGUGUUUGCCUGCUCUGCGUUACGGCUGUUGUUAUUUACAGUGGUUGGUGUAUUGCAUUUAGUUUCACGAUUAAUAAAAAGAUGUGGAACUACGAA